AUGUCAGAUUUCAAAGUAACGUCAAUUUUAACUGAACAUUUAGGUUAUCCGCCUAUAACAGUAGUCGAUGAUGUGAUCAAUGCAGUGAAUCAUAUAUUAUAUAAAUGUACACAAGCCAUGGAAACGUAUUUGAAAGAACGUCAACAAGAUAAAUCCACAGGGAGGGAUGAAAUAUGGGAAAAAUUGGAGGAUCGAGAGAUUAAAGAAGGUACUGUCAAAUUAGAGACUUUGUUAGAAAACCAAGUUGAUAAGAAUUUCGAUAAAUUCGAAUUAUAUGCAUUAAGGAAUAUUUUCACCAUACCGAACGAAUUGGUAGAAGGAGGAUUUAUAACGUUAGACCAUCAUCAAGGGAUUUUUGAGGAUCUUCAAAAAACUGAUAAAUCCGACGUGGAUAAUGAUGAAAUUAAACAACUUAUCGAACAUAUACAGAUUGAAUUAAAAUGUAGGAAGCUUUUAAAACUUCAAAUUGAAAAGGGGAAAAGGAUUUUAAAGAUUUUAAAUGAUUUCAAAGAAUCAAUCAAAUUCUUAAGUGACGAAUCAAUAGAAAAAUUGACUUUUGACAAUAAGAAAUUGAUAGCCCAGUUAUCCCCAAUAGAGGAUAACUUGAAAUUCACAUUAAACCAAGCGGACAAUCUAGUUAAAGAGAUUCUUGUAUUACAUGAAAAGAUUGUGGGUAGGAAAUUAGACUUCAAGUUCACUCCCAACAAAAGAGACUACUAUAUUAAUGGUAAGAUAUAUAAGAUCUUACAGAAUUUGGGAGUUGAACUAGAUGAAAGUAAUGCUUUGAAUUUCGAUAAAGUAAAUGAUGAUGAUUUAAAUAAUUUGAAGAGUUUAUCAUAG